AUGGGCGCUCCUUCUAAACACGACAACCGCUCGUGCCUGAGCCGCCACAAGUGGAAAAUCUCUAUCCUCGCCUUUAUCAUCAUCGCCGUCGCCGUUGCGGUGCCCCUGGCGCUCGUCAAACCCUGGGAUAAGAACUCCUCCGACUCUUCUUCCAACAACAGUCAAAACGGAAGCAACGGCAAUCAACCUACCGGUCCUGUUACCCCUACCAACCCUGGACCUAUUCCCCCUAGUGUCCCUAUCGUCCCCUCCAAAAACGACACUGCCCGCCCUAAUGCCUACACCCCUCCCCUCAACGAGGCCUUUGACUAUGCCUCUGGAAAGAUGAAGAUGCGUGGUGUCAACCUCGGAGGCUGGUUGGUCCUUGAACCUUUCAUCUCCCCCUCACUCUUUGAUCCUUAUAUCAAGCAAGGUGUUAUUGAUGAGUGGACGCUCUGUAAGUUGUUAGGGCCCGAGAAGGCCAAGGCCUACCUCGAGGCUCAUUACUCGAGCUGGGUCACUGAGGACACUUUCAGCCGUCUCCAGGGUAUGGGUAUUAACCAUGUCCGCAUCCCCAUUGGUUUCUGGGCCUUGGGUGGUUUGACUGCCGAUGAGCCCUAUGUCCCCACCCUUUCGUGGACGUACCUCCUUCGCGGUAUCGAGUGGGCCCGCAAGUACGGCAUCCGUGUUAUGGUCGAGCUCCACGCUGCCCCCGGUUCCCAGAACGGCUGGAACCACUCUGGCAGACUGGGUCCCAUCAACUGGAUCAACGGUACUGACGGUGUCGCGAACGCCCAGCGUACUCUUCCUUACCUCCAGCAGUUGGCCACCUUCUUUUCCGGCCCCGAUUACGCCCAUGUUGCGCCUAUCAUGGGCCUUUUGAACGAGCCCGCUGCCCAUUUGAUUGGUGUUGACGCCGUCAAGAACUGGUACACUCAGGCCAUUAAAGUUGUUCGUGCUGCUACUGGUACUGGUGAGGGCAAGGGAUCCUGGGCAGUUAUUCACGACGGCAUGGUUGGCCUCAACGCCUGGGCUGGCUUCUUGCCCGGUAGCGACCGUGUCAUGCUCGACACUCACCAGUACAUCAUGUUCAACGAUGACCUGAUGCGCAUGAAUCAAACCACCCAACUCAAGUUCGCCUGCGAGACCUGGGGUGGGUCCGCGAUUACAAGCACCAAGGAAUUCGGCCCAACUAUGGUCGGCGAGUUCUCAGUCGCCGUCAACGAUUGCGCAACCUACCUCAACGGAAUCGGAGCUGGUUACCGCUGGGACGGUACUUACAACGGUGCCCCUCCCAAAUCACCCAACAGUACCUGUACCAACGAGAACAAUGUCUCGACCUAUACGCCCGAGUACAAAAAGUUCUUGUCCAACUACUUCCUGGCCCAGAUUGAAGCCUUUGAGCAAGGCGCCGGUUGGUUCUAUUGGAACUUCAAGACGGAGAAUAAUCCAUUGUGGUCGUACUUUGCUGGUGUUGAGGGUGGGUGGAUCCCUAAGGAUAUCAAUAACCGUGGCCCAUCGUACUGUGCCUCUGCUGGGUAUAGCUUCAGCGGAUAA